ACGGAGCGAACGGCGAACGGCGAACGCGCCGCGCGCACACGGAGGUGGAGGGCAGGGCCGCACAGUUGCGAUGGGAGGGACCGUCGAGAGACACACAUCGAUAGGAAAGUUUGCAUGGAAGCCUGGCUUCACUUAAACACGCAAACCGAGGAAUUAGUUGGACAACAUUGCAGGACAGAAAUGCGUGUUGCUGUGAUUGGAGCUGGAGUAAUUGGUUUAUCUUCAGCUCAAUGCAUCAUUAAUCGAUUUCAACCCACAGUCAAGCCAUUAACUGUCAUCGUUUAUGCAGAUACUUUUACACCAGAUACUACAAGUGAUGGAGCUGCUGGGUUUUGGCAGCCAUAUUCACAUGACGAAGGGAAGCCGGAGGAAGUUAAGUGGAACAAAGAAACAUUUGAUUACCUACUGAGUUAUAUGAAUUCCUCUGAUGCAAAUGAGAUGGGAUUGUUUUUACAGUCUGGGUACAACAUCUUCAAAGAACCAGUGCCGGACCCAUCCUGGAAAGAUGCUGUUUUGGGAUUUAGACACUUGACAACAAAGGAACUCAAACUGUUUCCUGGAUUUAGCUAUGGUUGGUUUAAUACUACACUGAUGUUGGAGGGGAAAAGCUACCUGCCAUGGAUGAUGGCAAAGUUAAAAGAAUGUGGGGUCAAGUUUGUUGAAAAGAAAAUUUCUUCUUUCCAAGAGUUAGGUCCAGACUUUGAUGUGAUUGUGAACUGUACUGGCAUCCGAGCUCAAGAGCUGCAGCCGGACCCAGAGUUGAAGUCUGCUCGAGGACAGAUUAUAAAGGUUUAUGCACCGUGGAUGAAGCACUUUAUUGUCUCACAUGAUUUGAAAACUGGGAUUUAUUCUAUGCCAUAUAUUUUACCAGGGAGCAAAUUAGUAACCAUGGGAGGAAUCUUCCAACUUGGGAAUUGGAGUAAGGAGAACAAUCCUAAAGACCACAACAAUGUGUGGGAAGGUGGCUGCAAGCUUGUACCCAGUCUGAAGAAUGCCAGGAUAGUUGAAGACUGGACUGGUCUUCGACCUGUCCGUAACAGAAUCCGUUUGGAGCGACAGACCUUCAAAUCAAGACCACAGACAUUUGAGGUGAUUCAUAACUAUGGUCAUGGAGGCUAUGGCCUGACCAUCCACUGGGGCUGUGCCAUGGAGGUAUCAAAUAUCGUUGACAAGAUUGUGCAGGAGAGGAAGCCCAGCUGGAAAAUACCAUCCCGACUGUAAUUAAUCUCAGUCACGCAGGCCAUUCUGUAUUCCCAUGAAUUCAACUUCUCCAGUGAUGAUCCACUAAAUGAUAUCAAAGCCGAUGAAAGCUUGGAAAUGGCCAUAUUUAGUGCUCAUGGUAAAUGUUUAAUAUCUCAUGUCUCAAAUAAUUCUGUUUUUAAGUAGUUAAUUUUUGUGACCACAUUAAGGCUCACAGGAUUGAUAAAAAUAAAUUUGAAAGUGAUAAUUUCUAUACAAUCUGCAAUGUUGGGAUCAAUUAAUGCCUCUUAAAGUGAGAUAUAACAGGUGAGAAACAGUGCUAUUUCUAUCCAAUCAGUUAUCUGGGUGUUAGUUUCAAUUCAAUUCAAUUCAAUUCAAUCCAAUCCAGUUAUCUGGGUGUUAGUUUGUCCUUGCCCAACCAUAAAAGUAAUCCUGACGAAUCGUGUCGAGAGAUUAGUAGGGUAAUUUAAAAAACAUAUAUUUCAAAGUGUCAUUUGCCGAAAGGAACAUAAAUCAUAAUUU